AUGGCUGUUCCCUGGCACAACGCUCCCUUUACGGAAGACUAUCAAAAGAAUGCUUUCAACGGCUUUCCUUUCCUCCCAGAAUAUGGCCAUUCUCGCACCGCACCCGCCGAAGAGCCUUUCAUCAUUCACCGUUCUCACGGUGUUUCCGGACGAGGCUGGUACCAAGGCGGUCGCAAACUCAACAACCUCCGCUCAAAGAAGUACUGGGUACGUCCUGUCGAUGGCGCCCGUCACGGUACGCUCGGCCGCCUGAAAGAUGCUCUUACCGGCGAAGGGCCGGACGUGUAUGUCGUUGCCAACGCAGAUAAGCGCACGUUCCAUCGCGAUCGUCCCAGCCGCAUGCAUUGGUCCGGCUGGGAUAAGACUGGUCUCAAAUGGGCUGGUGCCAAUGGUGAUGCAAACUGGACUGCUCCUGCGCACGAUAUGGACUGGUAUCCGCGGACAACGUACCAUGUGCCCUGGGCGAGGAGGGAUGGUAGGGAUCAAGUCUACAAUUUCCGGACAAGAGAGUAUGAUCACCUGACAGGGGCGAAUCGGUGGAAUUUCUGGAGUGAUGCGCACUAUCCGAUGGGCAAGAGAGGAAGACAUGGGAUUCCGACGACUUGGAGGAUGUGGAAUGGGAAGUGGGCUUCGACGGUUGAUCCAAGUGCGGGGAAUUGGCCAGGUGGUCGGCCGCUGAAUUGA